AUGCACCCUCGGUUUGCUCACGUGGCCAUGGAGAUAGCUAGGACGCUUGGCUUAUGCUUCCUUCGUGCAAACUUCAUUGUUUCUUCGUUGAGGAAGAACUUUGACAUUCACUUUUGGUGCAAGGUUUUGACCUACUUAAGACGGGUUAUCCGGAAGAAUGUCUACAGAUACGGUGGGCAUCCAUUUGAUCUUAUAAACCAGAAUAGGCCGGUACAUCUUUGGAGAAUGGCCACACCAUCUGAAGAGCUUGUACUUCAUUGUCAGUUUCAACGCUGUUCACAGGAUGAGAUUCCAAAGAUCACCGUCCAAGAUGUGUUGUAUGGAAAUGUUAAGCCUCAAGGAAAAUUUGAGUUCCUAUCAUGGAAGUCUCGGAUUCCACCUUACUAUAGCUAUGUUACCUCUUGUGAGAUUCGAGAGCAAAAAACUGCAGCUACCAAGAGGAAGCGUUCUACUAUGUAA